UAAAUGUCUUGGCCGUGCGCGGAGGUGAAAGAAAAGGAUGUGAUGUUGUGCAGACGUAGGUGACAGUGAUAUACGUGUAAAUAAGAAAUGGACAGUUAGUACGAUUCGAAUCAUUUGUGUUGUGAAAAAGAGACCUUAGAUUGAAAGGUCCGGUGUUAUUUACGUCAAAAUAAUCACUGUGUAUACAUUAGCAGAUACAACUUCUUCAAGAAACUUUUGUUUGCCUGCAGUAGUAAUGUUUUGAAGAUACGUGUUCCCCUGCUUGUUUAUUUUUGAAACAGUUUUUGAUAGUAAUUUGUCGUGGUUCCCAAGUUUCGGUCUAGUUUGAACUAAGUUAAUCCAUGAUCCCCCAUUAUUUAAGUAUUUUACGCCGUUGACGAUUGUAAGAACUGCAUGUAUGGAAGUAUCGGCAAUUUUUAAUGACCAGCCAGAGGCUGAGGAACUCACCACAGGAAUUUUUGGUGAUUUGGGUGAAGAACCAUGGUUGAAUGUCACAGGAGGGGAUUCAGAUAUGAACAUGUUUUUCCACAGGGUAGGUUCAGAUCAGAUUAUAUAUCAGAGAAGGAAGAAGAAAUGUAAAAUUAUUGGAAAAUAUGUGAUGGGAGAUUUGCUAGGUGAGGGCAGUUACAGCAAAGUAAAAGAGCUGUUAGACACAGUUUCUCUCUGUAGAAGAGCAGUAAAAAUAUUAAAGAAGAAGAAACUGAGGAGAAUCCCAAAUGGGGAACAGAAUGUUCAGAGGGAGAUUCAACUGCUGAAAACACUACAACACAAGAAUGUAAUACAUUUGGUGGAGGUGCUGUACAAUGAUGAAAAACAGAAAAUGUAUAUGGUAUUGGAAUAUUGCGUUGGAGGACUACAAGAUAUGCUUGAAAGUGCACCUAAAAAGAAGUUCCCACUUUGGCAAGCACAUGGGUACUUUAGUCAACUUAUUGAUGGCUUGGAGUAUCUUCAUAGCAAAGGAAUUGUUCACAAGGACAUAAAACCAGGAAAUUUGCUUCUGACACUUGACGAAACACUCAAGAUAUCAGAUCUAGGAGUUGCGGAGUCAUUACAUCCAUUUGCAAGGGAUGACACUUGUUCAACAAAUCAAGGCUCUCCUGCAUUCCAGCCACCCGAAAUAGCAAAUGGUCAUGAGAGAUUUGCUGGGUUCAAGGUUGAUAUUUGGAGCAGUGGAGUUACUUUGUAUAACAUCACUACUGGCCAGUACCCCUUUGAAGGUGACAACAUUUACAGGUUGUUUGAAAACAUUGGAAAUGGGAAGUUUUCAAUACCAAAUGAACUUGACAAUCUCCUCACAGAUUUGCUUAGAGGGAUGUUGGAAAAAGAUCCAGAAAAGAGGCUCUCUCUACAACAAAUACGACAACAUCCGUGGUUCUUACACAAACCAGAUCGAACUACAGAGUAUGUUCCUGUGCCUCCUCUACGUGGAGAUGAUUAUCAUAUGAUGACAGUUUUGCCAUAUCUUAUGGAGUUCCACUAUGGGGAAGAAAUUUCUGGCACUGAAAAUCAUGUUGAUUAUAUUACAGAGCACCAACUUAAUGAGGAACGAAAGCAGCAGCAGCAGCAAGAGACACAAGGACAGUUGAGACUGAAUGCAUCAGACUCUCAUCCACAUGCUGGUAGCGGUGGAAGUAAACGGCGCUGGAGACGACCAAUCUCGUGUAUUAGUGUAAAAAAAUUUCCCACUUGUAAGCAGUCGUAGCACCUCUUCUAUUCACUGGUGGCUCCCUUUCUACAAGAAGACCACAACCUCUGAUGAAUCUUCUGGUCAAGAAAUCCCAACGAAAGAAAGGAAAUCUUUUGAGAUAUCCACGUACAACAAGUUUCGUUACAGCAAUCAGAUGAAGGGGGAAGUAGUUACCAGCUCAUUCAUCAGUGGAUUAGUUGUGAAUACAUUCAGUUUUCCAAAAACAAUCAAAUUUCUUUCUCUUACUCACAAAAAAGCUUAUUGACAAGGAAGAUUCUCCAUUAACAACAACAAGGUAGAGGAUUUGAAGAAAGUGGAAGUUUGCAUUCAGGGCUAUGAAUCUUUCAACAAAUAAAUAUUCAGUUAGCCAACUAUCACUGAAAUGACUGAUAUUCUUCAUUCAGAUGUAGAAGAUGAGGACUAGAAUAGUUAAUAAACAACACUUGUGAUUUUACAGAAUGACUAGUAGCAUGUAAUGACAUGCAAUAUCUAAGAUUUGCCUUAAAAGAAGAAGAAG